CAAGCCAAUCACGACAGAAGCCUGUAGGAAAACAAAUGCCAGGAUUGGCUGAGACGCAGCAUCUGUUUCAAGGCACCCGGCGAUCUGUCGGCGGUGGUGGGGCGCCUGGAAACCGGUGGGAUGUGCACGGAGCGCGCAGAGCGAUGCUCAGGACUCCUAUCCGCUCUGCGUAAAGCGAAGUGGAAAAGCGUUGGAAAUAUAAGACGUUCAAAAUUGUAACUAUUUCUCGAGUCACGUUGGAGUGUUAAACGCGCCGCAAUAACGUAAGUUUGCAUUACUUACAGAACUUACAGACUUUAAGUGUUAUUUUCAUCGGAUCACGACGAACGUUUUUCUUGGAUUUACCUAAAUAAAAUACGAGGAAAGGACGAUCGGGGCCAUUUCAACUCGAACUACUCGGACUACAAGCGAAGUGUGGCGACAUUUAACGAAGAUAUUCUCUGCUUUUCAGCUGUUUUCAAGUCGCCCUACUUGGAUCAAAGUUUUCCUUUCCCUCCUCCUCCACUAUGGCGGCGGCCAGGUCCACCACUGGCUCCGUUUUGCUGCGGAUCAUGUGGCUGAUGUGCGGACUGUUCUCGUUCACUUCUGCUCGCCCUCGCAACCCAGAACACGGGUUUUGCCAGCCCAUCUCCAUCCCGCUUUGCACCGACAUCGCCUACAACUUGACCAUCAUGCCGAACCUCCUGGGCCACACGAACCAGGAGGACUCCGGACUAGAGGUGCACCAGUUCUACCCUGUGGUUAAGGCCCAGUGCUCUGCAGAUCUCAAGUUCUUCCUCUGCUCCAUAUAUGCGCCGGUCUGCACAGUGCUGGAGCAGGCCAUCCCUCCUUGCCGGUCCCUGUGUGAACGUGCACGACAAGGAUGUGAAGCCUUGAUGAAUAAAUUUGGCUUCCAGUGGCCGGAGCGGCUCCGCUGCGAGGUUUUCCCCGUCCACGGAGCAGGCGAGAUCUGCGUCGGCCAGAACACAUCCGAACCCAGCAGCCCGGCCCCUUCGCCUUCUCACAGCCAAAGUACUUAAUGUCAACGCAUUUCAAGUCAGCACUUGAGCCCCACUGUCAGUGCAUCAAUUCAAAUGCAACUUUCUGGACUACACAGCCCAAACAAUGAAAAACAGCGUCACUGUCUCACAUCUUUAUCGCUGUGCUGUGUGUGUGUGUGUGUGUGUAUUCCCAGCCAUUAGUUUCCAGCAAUAGUGAGGUGAUCAGUUGGUCUGAGACAGCCUGGUGAUCCACUGACCUCCACUAACACCAUGUGAACUUUGACUGUAUUCUACUAACGCUGCUCCACCCAACACUUUCUAAUAUACUGUGUGGGUUUUUUCCUGACCACACACUCUCUUAUGGACUUUUUGUCCAUGUAGUUGAGAUGUCAGCUAGUGAGCUUCCUGCCGCCUGCCCCUGGACCGAACACACACUCUGUUAGUCCAAAUAAAUCGUUCUUUCAUCGCUCUGUGUGUGUGUGUGUGUGAGCAGUCCAGUACUGAAGGCUCUCUGUGUUGCACUGACAGACACAAACCAGCUGCCUGCAUUCCUCUCUCUCUCUCUGCUGACUUCUUGAGGUCCGUCUCCCCUCCCCCAUUCAGACGACUGUCCCACACAUCUAUAAUUCUAUAUAUAAAUAUAUAUAUGUGUAUGUAUGCAUGCAACACAU